CUUGUAGUACUUAAUGCUUCUGUGUUAUUUAAGUGUUAAUAUACACACAGUUUAAUGUAGCUGCUUGUCUGUGUUAUAUGACACUUUAAAAUACUCAAUCAUGCUCGACUGGUAAUUUCUGUUAUUUUUGCAAUGACUAAACAAUCACCUCUUCAUACCGGCAUUUCCAUUGUGACCUGUGAAAGGCGUGAUCAGCAGAUCUUCAGCAUGUUUUUCUGUAGGACACACGCCUUGAUUUCCUGCAUGUGCUGGGAGGUUGCGAGCGCGAGGAAAGUACGCGGAAGCUCGUGAACGCGUUUGUUCCGCUCCCUCCUGUCAAUCAAAAACUGGUCAUGUCGCAAGCCAAGUCAUUUAUUUUCAUCGGCUAUAAUAAAAAGUUACUCUCGCGUAGUCGCGGAUAUGAACGGACACGCGCCCGAAGGAAAUGUGAAGACGAGCGCAGGUGAGAGCGGAGAUCUGCUCGAGCACAGGUGGCCUGACGAUCUCUCAUCGGGUGGUGUGAUAUCUCGGCGUGUUUGGAAGGCUGCUGAUCCUCGGGUCCGGACAGAAAUGAAGGGUCCAGCACGGACAGUGAUCGUGCACCACACUGCGCUCUGGUCCUGCGUUCAGCCGCGUGACAGUCUCGCUCAGCUCGCGCACAUCCAGAACCUGCACAUGCACGAGCGAGAAUUCGACGAUAUCGGUUACAAUUUUCUAAUCUCAGGAGAUGGAUCGGUGUAUGAAGGGCGUGGAUGGGGAGUUGUAGGUGCUCAUGCAAAAGACCACAAUUUAGAUUCUGUUGGUAUUGCCUUCAUGGGUAACUUCAAUGAUGAAUUGCCUACUCCUGCAUCACUGACUGCUUUGCAGAGAUUGCUGCGUGCUGGAGAGAUUUCCGGACACGUGCAGCCUGACUUUGUGCUUGUGGGACACAGAGAUGUAGCAAAAACUGAAUGUCCAGGUGAAAAUGUCUACUCCGCAUUAACAAAACUAAGAACCCAAUUAGGAAAAAGGUGACUUUACCAAGAAUAUUUGCUCUGCUUGAUCCUUGCUGUAUUUGUUACAGUGUGUGAAUGAUAAUAGCAUACUGUGGUUGUGCAUUAAAGGAAUUGGACAUGUUUAUUUUUGUCUCAGUUCUCAGUGUGUGUCCACUUCUCUAAUAAAAUAAUUAUCAUAAAAUAACUGAGCAUUUAAGAAGGCUUGUGAGUCUUGUUAUAGUCUUCCAUAUAUUAUGAAUGUUACUUUGUACAUAGCCUAUCCUCAAGAAUUAAAUCUGGUAGCACUGACAUUAUAAAAUAAAAUAAAAUUGAAUAAAAAGUGUAUGCUUUAUAAUACAAUGUGUAUGCUUUUUGUUUAAUAGGCUAUUUCAUUCUGGGAAAAAAACGUGCUGAAUCAGGAUAUUUUAUUUAUUUGUAAAAUUUGCUUCCUGAAAUUUCCAAAUCUAUUUGUUUCCCUUCCCUGUGUCACAAAAUGUAUGCAUGUUGUUUCUAUUUAUGUAAUAUGUCAAUGCAGUUUGCAAAUUUACAUUAAAUUUCUUAAUAUCUUA